AUGACCGGAUCCACUCCAUCUCCUCCGCAAUCUUUCCCCUCAUCUCCCUCCUUCCACGCCAGCCGCUCCUCGCACUCCUCUUCCCCCCGACCAGUGUUAUCUCUGGAUCUAUCGAAUCUCCCACCCCUCUCGCAACCAACCCCCCCAUCCAACACCCUCCUGAUCACCGACCUGCACGACCUCUAUCUCUUCCAACCGUCUUCCCUCGCGGCCAUUCGCAGCCACAUCGAGUCCACCGCGCGUCUCAACUCCUUCUCGCCACUCCCAUCCUUCCGCCGCAUCGUCUGCUCCUUCCUCUCGGAAGCGGACGCCAUCCGCGUCCGCCAGCUUCUCGACGGCGAAACCCUCCUCAAUCGCGGCUCCGUCCGCACCAAGAUCUACUUUGGCGAACCAACCCCGAUCAUCGACUCCGACGCGGGCCCCAAGCUCCUCGCAGCCCCCCAAGUGGACAAGCUCUUCUUCAUCAGUCCCCCGCCUAGCCCCCCCGCCGGCUGGGUCCUUCGCCCCGAGGACCCCCCAAACAGGGAAGUUCACGCAAGCGAUCUCGCUCAGGCCCUCUCCAAGCUCAACACCGACCACCACCACCACCACCACCACCACCACCACCACCACGCCGCCGCCGGCCCUCUCCCGGCCUGCGAACUCACCCCGCACCCGGACCCGGACACCCCCAUGUCUCUUUCCUCCGAUAAGAGGACCCCCAGCUGGCCUCUAGCUGCUGCGCCCAUCUCCCAGCAGCGCAGCAGAAGCAGCACCCUCAUCUAUAACCCAGAGGAGCACGGAAGCAGCCCCAACCUCCCUGCUGUGCUGGUAGAGGAUACUAGCGCCUCGUUCGAUGACAUGGAUGUGGAUGUCGAAGUCAGUCCCAUUGAGACGUCCAUACGCCAGAUGCCUCCCAAGACGGCGCGGCCCCCUGUCGAGCUGAUGGCUUAG